GGUGUAGCAAAUGGAACUAUCUAUAAACGACCAUUUAAUGAAUCCUUUGAGCAACCACCCAUGUAUGUUUCUGUGCUUACAUUUCUUGGUUUUGUAUUUGCAACAUUAUUUGGAUACUUGCGAGAUUUCUUAAGAGACUAUGGAAUACACACAAAGGUUGGCACUACCGAACGGGAAGAGCAAAUGGAUUUUGUCCCACUUUAUCAAGAUUUUGAACACUUUUUUACAAGAAACUUCUAUAUGAGAAUAAGAGAUAAUUGGAACCGCCCUAUCUGCAGUGCUCCCGGAGCAAAAUUUGAUCUGAUGGAACGUGUUUCAGAUGACAGCAACUGGACAUUUAGGUUCACUGGAAGGAUAAUCAAGAAUGUAAUCAAUAUGGGUUCAUAUAAUUACCUUGGCUUUGCAGAAACUGACCACAAUGCUUUGAAGACAGUGAGUUCAGUGUUAAAUAAAUAUGGCACAGGAGUAUGUAGCACCAGACAGGAAAUGGGAAACUUUGAUAAACAUGUGGAGUUAGAAAAUACGGUAGCACAAUUCCUUGGUGUUGAAUCAGCUCUGGCAUUUGGUAUGGGGUUUGCUACAAAUUCUAUGAAUAUUCCAGCAUUAGUAGGGAAGGGUUGUCUAAUUUUAAGUGAUGAGUUGAACCAUACUUCACUUGUUCUUGGUGCAAGGCUGUCAGGAGCUACUGUUAGAGUCUUUAAGCACAACAAUAUGCAGAGCUUAGAAAAGCUUUUGAAGGAUGCAGUAAUACAGGGACAACCUCGAAGCCGAAGAGCAUGGAAAAAAAUUCUUAUUCUAGUAGAGGGCAUUUAUAGCAUGGAAGGCUCUAUUGUACGCUUGCCAGAAGUUGUUUCCUUAAAGAGAAAAUACAAAGCCUACGUCUACUUGGAUGAAGCCCACAGCAUAGGUGCUGUUGGUCCUACAGGAAGAGGAGUUGUGGAAUACUUUGGAAUGGAUCCUAAUGAUAUUGAUGUAUUGAUGGGAACAUUCACAAAAAGUUUUGGAGCAGCUGGAGGUUAUAUAGCUGGCAAAAAGGAAUUAGUGGACUACCUACGAAUUCAUUCGCAUAGUGCAAUUUAUGCUACCUCUAUGGCUCCUCCUAUAGCCGAACAAAUUAUAAGAGCAAUGAAAUGUGUCAUGGGACUAGAUGGGACCACACAAGGACGUCAACGAAUUAGUCAGCUAGCAGAAAAUACAAGGUACUUCAGAAGAAGAUUGCGUGAAUUGGGCUUCAUUAUUUAUGGCAAUGAUGAUUCUCCAGUUGUGCCUUUACUUCUUUAUUUACCUGGUAAAGUUGGGGCUUUUGCAAGACUCAUGUUAUCCAAAAACAUUGGUGUGGUUGUAGUUGGCUUCCCAGCUACCCCAAUCACAGAAUCCAGAGCUCGGUUUUGUGUAUCCACUGCUCAUACACGGGAGAUGCUAGACACGGUCCUGAACGCUCUGGAUGAACUGGGUGAUUUUUUGUGUCUGAAAUAUUCCCGGCACGCUAGGUCAUCUCGUCCUGAACUGUACGAUGAAACAAGCUUUGAACUUGAAGAUUAA